AUGUUAACAAAAGGUGUAAAUGUAAAUGCUUUGAGCUCGAAUGGAACAGCAUUGUACCUUUCUAUUAAGUUACAUAAUUUUGAACUCGCAAAACUACUCGUGGAAAAUGGUGCGGAUAUCAAUAUCGUUCAAUUAGAUUUUGGCGCUAAAGAACGACAGCCAAAAGAUGGUUUAGAACACUCCUGUCUUAUUUCUACUUCAAUUGAUUUUUUAUGCGUUAAUUAUGAAAAUAUGAAUGACGAGAUACUUAAAUAUCUAUUAGAAAAACGGCCUAUGGUUAGUGAAGAGAUGAUCGAGGAACGGAUUCACUACUGUCGUAAAUUAUUUAAUGAAAACCAAACUGAUGAAGAAAUGUUAUUUAAUUAUUGUGCAAGUUAUUUCUUGAGGAAAAAUAUGUACGAUCAUGUAUUACCUAUCGGGGCUGACGCAGUAGCUACGAUGGUAGCAGCUACCUUUAACAUGAACGCACAAUUACCACAUAGACGCUUGAAUGAUGGUGGUACACAUCAAGCAUUUUUCACACUUAUGGUACGUAGUUUAUUCGAACAAUUAGUUCGUUUUCGGUUAAAUAAAAAGUCUCUUAUUAAAUCAAAGGAACAAUAUACAUAUAUCUUAGGUGAACUUCGUCACAGUCUAGAAGCUUAUAAUAUACUGAUGGAUAUUUCUUGUAUUCCUGAUGAAGGGAUUGAACAAUUUUACCCGUCGAUAGUGAAUAAUAUUAUAAAUAAGUUGAAGGGUAUGAAAGAAAAAGAGGAGUACACAUUACCCGUGAAAUGGAUGGGACAUGCACUAUGUCUGAGUUUUAUACGUGAAGACAAGAGUAUUGUGAUUCGUAUUGAUAAUCUUAAUACUGGAGAAGAGCACAAACAUAAAACUUAUCGGCACACAGAUAAAUCUUUGGUAAUAAUUCCAAAAAUCAUUGGAGAAAUACCGUUAGAGAAGCUAGAUGAUAACAGAGAUUAUUUCGCAUCAAUAAUAGCAUGCAUUAAACGGAGACUAAGUCGAGAGGAUGGCAUUAAAUUACUGUACGAUAACGAUAAACUAAAGCAUUUGAACACAAGCCGAGUAUCAAUGAUGACUGCUCAAUUAGAAGAACAAUCAAAAGCUCUGGAUUGUUUCAUACAACAAGCUGAGAGUAAUUGUUUUAUCAAAUCUCAUGAACCGGGUAUUGUCAUAAGAUCAAACGAUCACCACAUGUGGCAGCAAAUCAUUUACUUUCUGCAAGCUUAUGCACCAUCACUGGGACAAGGAGAUCCCAAACACAAAAGGGAUGACUUAGAGAAAGCAUUCGACGAGUAUUGGAAAAAGGAGAUGAUGGUAAUUCGUACAAAGAGUGAGUAUAUUUUUGUUCAAAAACAAUUCAUCGAGAGAUGGUUUGUCGCAAGAACUUUUUGUUGGAUGCACAUUUCAUUGAAAGUUGAUCAUAAGAAAAACUUGAUCUAUUUAAAAGACGGCCAGUAAUUUUGCUGAGGAAAAGCUACAAUUUUACAUAAUUUGUUGACCGUUCCAUAGCUGUGCUUCCGAAAUUUGGGCUCACAUGUUGAAUAUCUUAUGUUUGAAAAUCGGAUAUGUCACUUACUUCAGUGGAAAGCAUACUCUCCCUCGGACAAAAAAAAGUUCCUUUUUCCAUGUCAUUUUUGCAUUAUUUAAUACGUUGUUUUAAAAAAAACAAAAUAUACCACGAGAUGCAG